CUAAAUUCGAAAGGAAGGUGAUUUCAAAUUUCGAAAAUCCAAAAAUGGGAUAAAUUCAGAUUUGACAAAUUCAAAACCUUGAAAUAUUACCUUGACUAGAUUCGAACUUUCGGAUUUCGAAAAUUUGACUUUUUUAUAUGAACUUUAGGAUUUCACAUAUCCUAGAGAACUACUUCUAAACAAAAAUAGAUUUUGUUUUUGUCCACAUUUAGUUUAUUUGAUUUUCUUUUUUCCGAUUCACCCAAAUUCUUUCAAAGAAAUAAAUGUCUAAAUAUCUAAAUCACAAACAGUUGCAAAAAAUGCGCAUUGAAACUGUUGCUUUUCAAUUUAAAGGAAUUUCAAUUUCAUAAUUGUGAACUCAAAUUUUUUAACUUUCUUCUUUUUGAAAAUGCAAAUUUUUUAACUCGUUUGUAAUAUCAAUUCAAGUUAUCGGGUCAAUUUCGUGUUAUAUAUUUCAUAUGAUUAAUAAUUUUUUUUUUUUUGGAGAAAAAUGUGAUAAAAACUCAAAUCAUAUUAAUCAUAUCGUGUCACGUCGGGUUAUCUCUGCAAAUCGUGUUGUGGUAUCAGAAAUUGACACCCCUAAAACAUUUUUGGGAGGAAUUUUUUUGAGCGAAAUUAAUAAUACAAACUUUAUUGAUUAAGUCAUUUAGAAUGGGCUCCAUUCGGUUUUCAGUUCCAAAUUAUAUAAAUGCUUCAAAUUCUACGCGUUUCAAUUUUAGUAUUUCCGACGAACUGAGCUCCUCCUCCCAAGCGCCGCCGCCGCCGUAGCUCGACGCCCUAAUUUCCAAAUUUCCCAAUUUCCUUCCACUGUUUCUCUUACAAUUUUCUUCUUCUUCUUCUUUAGCUAUGGAUUCUCUGCUAGCGAGCUACGCUUCUUCCGACGAAGAAGACGAGCUAAAACAACCUCAGACCUCAAAUCCGGCCCCAAAUUCCCAAUCCAAAUCCGGCACCAAUGCCCUCUUCUCUUCCCUUCCACCCCCUAUAUCUUCAUCAUCCCUAUUCUCACUCCCUCCUCCCAAAUCCCACUUCCCUAACCCCUCUUCGAUCGACGAAGAUGGGCGGCAAUCCCUAAACAAUGGCGAAGCUCCCAUCCCAUCUGCAUCGAUUCCUAAACCAUCCGCAUCUCUGUUCUCUUCCCUUCCUCAACCUAAGUCUUCCUCUUCCUCUUCCUUGUUCUCUUCUCUUCCGCCGCCGAAAUUCCAUGAUAGUGAUGGUGGCGUUGUUCCAUCUCCGGUGGCUCCUCCCAAGAAGGUUGUGCAAUUCAGGCCUCCUCCAGUGAACCUCUCAUCAUUGGCUGGCGGUGAUGACGAAGAGAGCGACGAGGACGAGGAGGAUAAGCGAAGGAAGAAGCAGAACACCGUUGAGACUGCAUCCGUGAAGUCCUUCCUGUCAAGUAUUCCGGCUCCCAGAAACUCUUCCACUUUGGGUGUAUCCUCGUUGGGCUCAGGAACUGGUAGGAGGUCCAUUAUUGAUGCUGAUGUUCAAGGGUUGAAGAAUUCUAAUGUUGCGAGUACUGAUAAUCAGGGGUAUCUUAAGGGCCAGCAUAGUGUUGAUCAGAGCUCAAUCAGCUCAAGUGGAGGUGUUGGGCAAUCCUCAGAAUAUGCGGCAGCUGGUGGCAGCGGUGAUUAUCCUGCAGCUGAUGUCGGUGGUGAAUAUGCUAAUUGGGGUGCAGGAACUGAUGAGAAAUAUGCUGCUUAUGGUGGCUAUGCCGGCUAUGUUGAAGGUUCAGGGGAUUAUCAAACUGGAGGUUAUGUAAAUUACAGUAGUGAUUAUGGUAAUUAUGCAGAUUAUGGGCAGUAUCAGAGUAAUCAGGUUCAAGAAUCGAGUACAAGCUUUGUUCCGGAGAUGUCUGGAAUAGCUGGAAGUGCAUUUAAGGUGCCUGGCAAGAGGGGUAGGAAUUAUGUCCCCGAGGAGAUAAUAGAGGUCAAGCAGGAUGAGUUGAUGAAAAACAGGCCUAGGGAGGAUCAGGUCAAAGUAACUGGAAUUGCUUUUGGCCCAUCGCACCAGCCUGCGUCAACCAAGGGGAAGCCUUCAAAGUUGCACAAGCGAAAGCAUCAGAUUACAUCACUUUUAUUUGAUAUGAAGCAGAAAGAGACGGAGCUUGCAGAAAGACGCGCUAGAGGAUUCCUCACAAAAGCUCAAACACAAGGAAAGUAUGGAUGGUGAGGUAGAGUUCAAGAAUUUCAAAGAUAUUGCACAGAUCUGUUGUGGUUGUUUUUUCUUGCGGAAGUGAACAGUUCUUGUAGAGAUACUAUAUUUUUGUAAUAUCUGCUAAGUAUAUUUAACAUUCAAAGAUUAGCUGCAACUAUCAUGCAGAGCUUGAGGCCGAUAAACCUAUAUUUGACUUAGGGGAUGAAGUAUGGUAUAUUCCUUUAGAUUAGACUUUAUGGUCUGAUAUUUAUUGUAAUUGUACGAGGAUCCGGAGAAAGAAGAAAGCCCUUACGGUAUAAAGAACAGAGAAGUCGUUGUUAGAAGUUAGAAUGGUGUCUUGCCCGUGGUUGGGCUAAUUUCUAGUCUCAAUUUGAUUGGUCCUGCUUUUUGAAUCGGUUACCUACCUCCAUGUUAUAAAUUGAUGCUGAAAAAAGUUUUGCCAAUGUAGUGGUUCAACUUCAAUCGGUGCUUAUAAGCCAGUUUACUUUUGCAUUUCUUAGCCACCCUCUAUUAAGGUUCUGUAAUUGGAAAUUACAUAUGAUGAUGUAUUUAAAGCAAGG